AUGGAGAGAUGCAUUGACAAAAGCGAGGGACAACAUUCGAAGCGGCAAAAAUCUUGGCAACGAGGUCCGACCGUUGGGUUGAAUGAAACACCGCUCCACAAUUCACCGGCAUCGGAUUUGCCAUUAGAGUCCCCGAUGAAUCAAGACUCACUAAUCCGAAGGGAGUCGAUGCUUAUUGGGAGAAAGGUGGCAAAGGCCAAGAGAGGGAGUAAUUCAACCAAUGAUAGUGCAAAAAUUUUGGAGCAAAUUGCUCUCAAGGGCAUAAUGAGAAUUGAGAGAGACAUGAAAAGAGAUGCGGAUGACAAGGCAAGAGAUGAAGCAUUUGCAAGAGAAAGGGAGUAUGACACAAACAAGACAUGGACAAGAAGGAUGGGGAAACCAUGGCUAUGGAUACGAGCCAUAUGUCCCUUGAAACAAAGUCAUUUUGGAAGCUAG